AAAUGUAGUGCAGUUUAUCAUCACGUACAGGAUCUCCCGGCAUUAGGAUUUCACUCUCCCCUCUUUCUUAGUGGUGCCACUUAACCCUUUAGCAUCUCACCAAUCCAAUCACCCUUGGUUGGACCUUAACCCCUUAUUUCCCCUACAGUUCCUAUACAAUGACCACUUAACCCUUGAGCCCCCAAGCCAUCCAAUACAGUGGCUGGUCAGGUUAACCCCUUAGCACCCUAGCAAUGGAGUACAGUGAUUAGUUGGACACUGGGAAGUAACAUGUAGUUAUAUUAUAGGGGGUUGCUGGCAAUUGCCCCUUAGGCCCCUGGCAGGGCAGUUCAGAGCACAUGAUUGGGGGGCAGUAUGGGGGGGGCAGAGGAAUGUAAUGGGGCAUGUGGAUCCCCUUUGGGCUCUUUCUCAUCCAAUAGGCAAGGGUUGGGGAUCACAGCAGGAUGGGAUGGGGGUGCACAUUUUAUCAGUCUCCUUAGCCUCCUGCGCUGGGGCAUUCCCACCGUUACCAUAGCGACCAAGUGACACAUUGCCCGGCCAUAAAACAGUCUUAGCCCCAAACAAAAGGCAGCGGCCGGGACUCAUUGUGCUCAAAGGGAAAAACACAAAAGCCUCAUCAAAUAACUGGACUGAGCUCCGCCUGCCUCCUGGGGCCCCUGGGAGUUUGUGUAGUGAGGGCUCUGUCUGGGGCCACAGAUCUUACACACGGACUCAAGGACACCUUCCUUGCACCAGCACCCACCGCAAUCUAAAUAUGGGCCCCAGCACCCACUGCAAUCUAAAUAUGGGCCCCAGCACCCACCGCAAUCUAAAUAUGGGCCCCAGCACCCACCGCAAUCUAAAUAUGGGCCCCAGCACCCACUGCAAUCUAAAUAUGGGCACCAGCACCCACCGCAAUCUAAAUAUGGGCACCAGCACCCACUGCAAUCUAAAUAUGGGCCCCAGCACCCGGAGCUGUUUUCUGCCACACGUCUUUGUCUUGCUGAGCUUUAUGGUCCUGGCGGCCCGGUCCCUAGAGACAGUAAACCUGGUGGACUUCUGCGGCCAAACAGUCAGAGGGGAUGGAAUGAUCAUUAACUCCCACAGCGAGUCGAGGAAAUAUUACUUUGUCUCCAUGGGGACGGACUGCCAACUGACCAUGCAAGCCUCCGCUCUGAAGGACAAGGUUCAGUUCCAGUUCCGAUUUUUCCUGGUCUACAGCCUCCUACGCAUGUCCAAUACCCAAAAUGAGGCAUCUGGUCCAGUAACUAACAAUAGUGCCCGAGGUUCUUCAGUUCCAGAGGAAAAAAAAGCAACUGGGUCAGGACAGGGAAUUCAGUAUGAUCCAUGUAAUUCUGGGUCCUAUGUUCAGUUCUAUGAUGGAAAAGACCUGAAUUCUGAGCCAUUAGGGACUCCUCUUUGUGGGAAGACCAUCCCGAGACCCAUCCUCUCUACUGGAAACUUCCUGACCUUGAGACUUGUCACCAGAGGUCAACAGCCAAGAGUGGACUUUGUGGGCGACUUCACCUCUUUCAGAAUAGGUGACACUGGGACGUGGAACUUGGGGGAAAUAAUGGCCACCCCUACAGUCGGCUUGAAAAUGUUUGAGGAAACAACGUUGAAUUUAAGCUACGGCACCACUGGGAACCAUCAACUUCUUCAUCCAGAUAUUGCCUAUCCACAUGGCACAGCCGGAGAGAGUAAGUCGUACACCUCCCUCCUCUACCUGUAUGUGAUUCUGGGACUGCUGGUGGCAGUGGCUUUGCUGUUUUGCUGCUGCUGGUCCCCUGGUUGGUUCAUAUGGAGAAUCAGCGCCUGUCGGUUCAUCCCCGGCUGCAACUCCUUCUGCGCCUCCUGUCACCUCUGCACCCGCAGCUGCACCUUUAAAGAAAAGAGCCGACCUGGGAAAGUGACCCCACAGAAUGCAGCCACGACUGUGCCCGUGUGAGGGGCUAGUUCCAUGCCAGGCCCUACUGCCAGGACCUCACCACCUUUGGUGGCAUCUAAACACUACAGCCUCACUACUGAGGAGGACCAUGGUGUCUAUCAAGUUCUACCUCAUUGUAGCCACAGCCUAGCGAGACUCUUGACUUAUUUCUGUCCCAAGAGACGCACAAUGGCCGACGGAAGAAAAGUGGGAGAAAUUAUUCUGCCCGGGAGGGAAGGGGCAGUCAGACAAUGGAAGCUUCCAGCGAGUUUUCUUUUGUAUUUAUUGGUCCAAAUAAAAUGAGUGGAAAUCAUGGAGGUAACAAAAGAGAAAAGAAUUAGCCAGAAUUUCUGUAAGUAGCAGGGGGUAAGUGCUCCACAGCAGGGCUGGAGGCUGCAGGUACAGCCAUGAUAUAAGUUCUAGGGUUGCACCGAAUCCAGGAUUCGGUUCGGGAUUCGGCCAGGAUUCGGCCUUUUUCAGCAGGAUUCGGAUUCGGCCGAAUCCUUCUGCCCAGCCGAACCGAAUCCGAAUCCUAAUUUGCAU